AUGCCGCAGCCAGUGGCCGAUUGUUGCUUCUACGCUGUUAUCGGAUGUGUGCUGGAGAAACCCACCCCCUUCCCGGGGCUGAGACCGUGCCUCGGCGGGCUCGCCUCCCAAAAAGCUGCAGGGGCCCAUUCGACUUCCCGACCGACGGCACUCAGAAAGAACGGCCACCGUCGUACCGGUAGGCGAACGGCCAAAAACGGCUGCGGCUCCAAGCAUCUGGCCCGGCUUGGCGCAACGCGGGACGGGCUCCGCGCGCAUUGCCGCCGGAACAUGGCGGGCUUUUGGGGUUCGUCAAUCACCAUUCAUCCCAUCGCACAGCAUACAAGGUACGAUCUUAAUCGAGCGCCCACAAGGCCAGCGUCAUGGCGCCCGAGGAGAACUGACAGUCGCUAG